CACAUAAGUGAUAAAACAUACGAAUUCUUCUUGGCACUUGAACAGAAGCGAGUAGAUCGAAUUAACACGAACAUGCUUGCUGCUCUUCAGAAUGAUUUGAUCGAUGAUGCAUUAGCAGAGAUACUAAAUGAUGCCCACUUGCGAAGAAUGUUUCAAAAUAUAUUUGCCAUUGAAGACGAUAACAAGGACCUAGUAUAUCUAAUAUACAAAGAUGUGUCAGAAAGGUAUAUCAAGAUGGGUGCGGGUCAGUUCUUGCGCGACCUUCGAAGAGAUUUCCAAAUAAAGAAAACAAUGGCGCAUCGCAAAGCUGUCCUGGAAAGAAGAGAAAAAGCUCGGCAAAAGCGAAUGAAAGUCAACGUUCCCGAGAUCGAGCAAGACCGAAGUCCUGGCAAGGAAGUCUCUCAUACGCGUCUGGUAGCCCUGGUAAAACAAGUCAAAUGUAACGGCAUGGUACAAUUGUACAAGAAGAAGGAACUCCAAAAACUUUGUAGUUCAUAUGAUUGUCGCUUUCUUGCAAAAUGGAACAAGACUAAACUAGCAAACGAACUGUGUCGAGCUAUUCAGAGCCAUAGUAUUAUGCCUUGCCCCCAAAUAACGUCAAUGUUUGUCGUUGAUCAUAAUCAAAAUUCAGUCAUAGACGAUACGAUGCGUGUUCCGCCGUUAAGGUUACGUCGUUUAUAGAUGAAAGUGAACGGUAUUUAGCUAUAACAUUUUUAAAAGCACUUAAUAAUUAUUAUAAAUAUAACUAUACGAUUGCAAUGUUAACAGUUCCAUAGAGUCAAUGGUUAACUAGUAUUUUUGACUAGUUGGUUCAUGAAUAACGUCAU